GUGGCCAAAGAAAAUGAAAAAAGUUGGACACUUUCAUACCUUACAAAAGGAGAAAGAAAAAGAGGUUGAAGAAUUUGUGUUUCCUAAGUUAAUAAACAUUACAGUAGUAAGUUGAAGGAAACAAAAUAUAAACUCCCGGAUCCUUGUGUUUGAUUAAAAAAAGGCUACGAAGAAUAAGAAAUGAUAAUAUAAACAACUAUGUUGUAGAGGAUACAAGACGGAGUCUAGAGACAGAAAAAAAGGGUUCUUUGCAGAAUAUGGAAUUUUGGAGCUCUUCACUGAAGAUUAGACCGGCAAUUUAGCCCUUACACGACUGGACCAGCUGGUUUUUUGGUUAUUCUGUUUCUUCGCAUGGCCAGACCAACAAAGUAAUGCUGGCAGUAUGGGAAAGAAAGGAAGUUGGUUUUCUGCAAUUAAAAGGGUUUUCAUACCACGCUCCAAGGAAAAUCCAAGUAAUGAAUCGGACAAAAGAAGUGGUAAAGAAAAGAAGAAGAAAGGCCUCAGAAAAUUAAGGCGUGGAGAAACCGAUUCCUUUACUCCCCUCUUCAGAGAGCCCAGCAGUAUUGAAAAAAUUCUUGGGGAGGCUGAAAGAGAGCAUAAGAUAGUAUUCAGGCCUCCGACGCCUCCAGAGCAUCCUCCGGCACCGCCUUUUGUGGCUCAUAAAGCUUCUUCUUCUCCGCAUGGUCCUUCUCAGAGGAUUGCCUCUCCAAGGAUUGCUUCCCCUCCACGUGCUCCUUCUCCACCGUCACUUCCACGCGUUGCCUCUCCUGAAGCAUCUCCACCCAAGGUCAUCCGUCCUCGACCAGAACCAACUUUAAGGAACCACCAUGCUUCUGCUACAAAAAUUCAAGCAGCCUAUAGAGGUUACAUGGCAAGGAGAAGUUUUCGAGCUUGGAAAGGCCUUGUGAGGCUUCAAGGAGUUGUAAGAGGUCAGACUGUGAAACGACAAACUACAACUGCAAUGAAGCAUAUGCAGCUUUUGGUGCGAGUUCAGUCUCAGAUUCAGUCUCGUCGGAUCGAGAUGUUAGAAAACCAAGCACGACAACAGGCUCGAUUUAAGAACGAUAAAGAAGUGGAGAGUGCCUUGGGUAAAUUGACCUUUGGCCAGGCGUGUGAGGCAGGAAAUGAAGACUGGGACGAUAGUCUGCUAACGAAAGAAGAAAUCGAGGCAAGAAUGCAGAGAAAGGUAGAGGCAGUCAUCAAGAGAGAAAGAGCCAUGGCCUAUGCACAUUCCCACCUGUUAUGGAAAACUACUAUGAAAUCAGUUUACGCAGGCGUAUCAGACAUUCGCACUCGCGGACCAUGGUGGUGGAACUGGUUAGAGCGUCAGCUAUCUUCUAGAAAUGCUCCUGAAGGUCAAAGCAUGAAGGAUUUCAAACUUACACCAACAAGGCCAAAUUCCGAAUUGAAGCCUAGUCCAAAACUGCCAUCGAGCAGCAAGCAACAUCAGUUUAUGUUCGACAAUAUGGACACACCUACACCUAAAUCUACGAGGUCGACCAUGCUUCCGACUACAGGACCUAUGCAAACUCCUAGUAGAAUCCUACAAGAAAGCAGUUCAGCAUUGUCGAAAUAUUCAAGACCAAGAGCUAGUGGAGUGGAUUCACAAUUUGACUUGCCCUUGAAGGACGAUGACAGCCUUACUAGCUGCCCUCCGUUUUCAGUUCCAAAUUACAUGACACCCACAGUUUCAGCCAAAGCCAAAGCAAGAGGCAACAGCAACACGAACGGUGUGUUCGUGGGGACACCGGGAAGCGAGGCGUCGAAGAGGAGGCUUUCGUCAUCUUUGACUCAAGGGAUAGGAUCAUUCAAGUGGAGCAGAGGGUCUUCGUUUUCCGGCAAGGAUCAUCCAAGCACUCAAAGGGGUUUAGAUAAGAACCAAUCACUUCACUCUAUGGGUAAUUUUAGUGUGGAUUCAACCGUUUCAAUGCCUGCAACUGUUGGAAGAAAGCCAUUUAACCGAUUUGUUUGAUCUUUUUAUUUUUCUUAUUUCUUUUGAACAUUUGAUUACUUCAUUUUGUUGUUUAUCUUAU